CCUCAUGAAAAUUAUCUUUCAACAAAAACAUACAAAAAUAUUAAUUUUAUUAUUUUUAAGCCAUUAAAAUGAAUGUGAUUAAAGCGAUACAGUUGUACAUCGAUAAGAUGAUUGAAGAAGCAGGACCUGGCAUGAAAAUUUUGUUGAUGGAUCGUGAAACGACGUCAAUCAUUUCAAUGGCUCACAGUCAAACUGAUAUGUUACAAAAAGAAGUUUAUCUAUUUGAAAGAAUCGAUUCUGGAAGAUCUAAUGAGAGAUUAAAAUAUUUAAAAUGUAUUGUUUUUAUAAGGCCAACGAGAGACAACAUCAUUCGAUUGUCAAAUGAGUUAAAAUCACCCAAGUAUGGCUCUUACUUCAUUUAUUUCAGCAACAUUAUUCCGCGAACUGAAAUUAAAGCUCUUGCUGAGUGUGAUGAAUCGGAAUCUGUAAGAGAAGUUAAAGAAAUGUACGCUGAUUACCUCUGCAUCAAUUCGUCACUAUUCUCAUUAAAUAUUCCAACAUGUCUACACUCUUUAAACUGGCAACAAGAAGCUUUAGAGAGAACAGUGAGUGGAAUUAUAGGGGUUUUGCUGUCAUUGAAAAUUCGCCCAACGAUUCGUUAUAAAAAUGGCAGUCAACCAGCUCAGAAUCUGGCAAAAAGAGUUUUUGAUACCAUCAAUAAAGAGAGUUCAUUGUUCAGCUUUAAGCCACCCGAGAAUGGAGUUCCUCCUCCAUUGCUUCUUAUUCUCGAUAGACGAGAUGAUCCAAUCACGGCAUUAUUAACUCAAUGGACUUAUCAAGCGAUGGUUCAUCAACUUCUAACAAUCAAAAAUAAUAGAGUUGAUUUGUCAAACGUUGUUGGCGUUCCCAAUGAAUUAAAAGAAGUUGUCUUAUCAGCUGAACAAGAUGACUUCUAUUCUAAGAAUUUAUUCUCAAAUUUUGGUGAAAUUGCUGUCACUAUUCGUGAUCUCAUCGAGUCAUUCCAGAAACGUGCAAAGGAGCAGAAAAAAAUCGAAACUAUUGCUGACAUGAAGAAUUUUGUGGAGAGUUAUCCGCAAUUUAAGAAAAUGUCAGGAACAGUCAACAAACAUCUCGUUGUCAUCAGUGAAUUGUCAAUGCAAAUUAGCAAAAAAUCAUUACUAGAAAUGUCUGAACUUGAACAAGAUAUGGCAUGUAGAGCUGAUCAUUCUGCUCAACUUCAAAGAGUUAAAAAGUUAAUAACAGAAGAGAGGAUAAGCAUUGAAGACGCUUUGAGAUUGAUUCUCAUCUAUGCAAUGCGAUAUGAACGUCAUGCAAACUGUGGAACUGUUGGACUACUAAAUGCUUUGAAAGCACGAAAUGGACGAACACAUUUGGUUCCCAAGAUGCUUGAAUAUAUUAGCCAAAGUGCUAGAAAUGAGCUUUUUAACACAACAAAAAUUGAUGCCGUGAAACUUACAAGAAAUUUAAUAAAAGGAUUGAAAGGUGUUGAAAAUGUUUACACACAACAUGUUUGUGUGUUGAAAGACUUGCUUGAAGAAAUUUUAAAAGGACGUUCCAUUGAUCAACAAUAUCCUUUCAUUAGUUCCGAAGUUCCAUACCGAAGACCGCCAACUGAAAUUAUUGUCUUUAUUAUCGGUGGUGCAACGUAUGAAGAAGCUUUCGCUGUUCAUCAAUUGAAUCAAAUGGGAUAUCGAAUUAUUCUUGGUGGCACAACAAUCCACAAUUCUGAGAGUUUUCUGGAAGAAGUGAUAACAGCAACAAACGGAGCUCCAUUUAAACAUUCACGAUCGUUACAAGCAUUUCACAAUGCAUCAAAUGCUUAA